AACGAGAUUCUUGAUUGUUUGGGACGGGUCGUUUCGUUUCACGUUUUGUGUUGAUUUAAAAAUAUAACCUUAAAAGUUGUUUAUACUUUCAGGUUUUUUACUUCUCGAAUAGAGUUCUGUGAAUUAUGAAUUCUGGGAUAAAAGGCCUGCUCUCUCCUCGAGGACUUACAAAAACACCACAGCCAAGAAGACAGAGCCUCCUCCCUUCAUACAAAACACCAUUAAGAAGCAAUUUAUCAGGACGUCUCAACCAGUCAACUUCACAGAUCUUGUCAAAAACAACUGAUUAUGUUGUUGAACAUUUUGGUUCCCAGCUACCAGUGCUUAUAACAGAAGCUCUCAAGUUUUCUGAUGGCAACAGUGCAGCUAGCGUGAACAUCUCCAAUGACGGGUGGGCCUGGUUCGUAUGUGGGCGUCGUCUACUGGUCUGGCAAGCCAGUGGAGCUCGCCCAGUCAGUGCCCAGUGUAGGGAGCUAUCAUUACCUCCCAGCGACCUGGCCCAUCGUGCCCAUCUCGUCACUGUCUACACACAACAAACCUCUCAGAUGCCAUGCUGCCUGGCAGUGUCACCUGAGGGCAUCGUCCGGUACUGGUCAAGUAUUGCCCAUGAGAGCAGCUGGACCGAGGUCAAUGCUGACCUGCAGGGUCAGGAGUGUGACUCGCUGCAUCUGCUGCUGCCACUGGGAGCACUGUUGGUCACAACAACUGCCACGCUGGUUCUUGUCACACCUCACUUCGCCGCUGCUCGCCACGCUCUUCUGUGUCGCACCAUCAAGGCCCCCCACGGCUGGCUCGGGGGCAUAAGUCGCAAGAUGUCCUCACUCAUCUUUGGCUCCAACCCGGCAACUCAGAUUAUGGAGACAAAACUGGUGAAAGUUGUUACGAGUGGCACAGAGAGUGGGGAGUGGACAGUAGUGGUGCUGGCAGGCCACUCAUUACAGAAGUGGCAGUUGUGUAUCGGAGACAUGGAGUUGUUACUAUUUGAAGCCGACCUGGCCCGUCCCCUCCGAGAGGCAUUUGCUGAUGCAGGUCAUGAUGUACAAGACCUACUGCUGCUGGACAUGCAGGCAUCAGAGGUGGGUGUGAUGCUGCUGGUAGCUGGUGUCCAGGACAACUCUCAGGUCAAAUAUGCUCUGGUGGCAGUGAGGACGGAGGAAGCACCACUGACAGUUUGUUGGUUUCGUGAACUGACAGCUAAGGAUCUGGGACCUCUCACUCACUCUACACAAGGAGACUCAGCUCUUCAGUUCCUGCUUAUGGGACAAGUGGCAUUAGUUUAUAACACUGCUCAUAUUGUCGCUAUUCCUGUGCUGUCAGGCAAAGGCGAAGUGGAAUUGCUAGAUUUUGGACCUGGUCAGCUCGUUGGAGGAGCUCUGUAUGGUCAGAUGCCCGUCUUCUUCUCUACUUUCAAUGGUUUUAUCUCAGUCUCGUCAACGGAAACGUCACUAAACGAUAUAAGCAUGACUAUAAAUGUUGCACCAGACACCAGCAUUUCAGACUCCAACAUCGAAGAACUAACCCAGCAGAAGGACAAUGUUGGACUUUUGAAGGCCGCUUACUUACUGUACAUUCGCAAGCAGUUGGUGCAAAGCAAAGCUGCUUUAGGAAAUUUGUUCUCUGGAGAGACCAACUGUAUAGACACAAUGCUGGGUACUGCCGUUCUACAGACAAGCCUUGAACUGAUAAAUGAUGUGCCAGCUAAAGACCCCCGUUGGGCUGAUCAACAAGCAAAUCGCCUGAGUGUUGGUGGUACAAAUUCCUUGCAAAUCGUACAUCAGCUAGAGGAAAAACAGAGAGUUCUCCAGUGGUUUGCCUCAUUUCUGAAAGACUUGCAACUUUGGGAGAAGUUGGGUAAUGUAACUCACGCCAACAGACUAAUAUCUACCACUUAUGUCCUGCAAGAACACGCAGAGAAGGUUACUGCCACACUUGCCCUCAAGAAGGCACAUCAAAAAUAUGCUGAAGUUGUGGAUAAGAUAAUAGAAGAAGUUCUUAUAAAGCACAACAAGAGGCCACCUGGAACACUUACCAAUCAAGACUUGUUCUAUCGUCAGGUGAGCCUAAUCCCGGACGCAAUCCAACAGCUGGUCAGGUGGAGUGAAGAUGUUGUAUUCUCAGAGCAGAACUCGCUGCAGGUCGCCACUCACUUGGUCUCCGCCAACUCACUGCUUCUCGAGAUGCUAAGAGCAAUAAGUGAAUUGCGUGAGCGUGUGACAACACUGUACCAUCCGACUUCUCCUGGUGUGUGGGAGAAGAAGCUGUGGACAACAACCAAUGGGCCAGAGUGUGUUGGUGAUGCUCUACUGCUGCAGAUGCAGGUGACAGUGAGCCAUGGAGUGAAGAGUGUAGGAGACCCUCAACUAAAGGCUGAUCUGCUAGACCAGCUGUUGAGUCUGGUUGACUUUGUACUAGACGGGCGCAAGAGUCACGUGGAGAGCCUGAGGGAGUCCUCUGUGUUUACCACAGUACUACAUCAGUACGAAGCUGACAGACUGGCGUACAUACAACUCUUCAUGGAUGAAGAGGAAUAUGAACGGGCAGCUAUGUUAGCAGAGAAAUACCUUGAUUUCCAGGUCUUGGUUGAUAUCUGUCAGAAAACUAAUAAUAGGGAAAAACUGAAUAGUUACAUAGAAAAGUUUAGUGAUCAGGGAUUUUCCAAGUUCUUGUUUACGUGGUAUAUCCGAGAGCAUAAGCAAGCUAGCCUGGUGCAGCACUGUAAUGAGAGAGGCGGAGAGCAGUUGGUACCACUGUUGAGUGAGCAACCUUCAUUGUCCUGGCUGCACGACCUAGCUCUGCGACAGUACAGGCAGGCUGCAGACACAUUGACUGGACUGGCUCAGCAAGAGACACAGCUGUUGCAGCGGAAGAAAUCACAACUGUCAUUGGCCAAGCUCGCCCUGUUAGCCUCCCCCGACCCCUGCCCAGGCCUCGAGGAACUCAAUUCUGCCCUCACACUCAUUGCCUACCAGGAACAACUGCCUUCUACACUGCUCACAUCCUAUGGCUAUGACAGUGACAACAUGAGGCUGUUCUCUCCCUCAGAACUCAUUAAGCUGUACAUCAGUGAUGAAAACCCAGCUUCAGACGACUGCAUUACCUUCACAACUGCUCUCGAUGUCCUUAGUUAUGUUGAACACGAACAGGACAGAGAUGAGUUAAAUUCUGAAAUCUGGACAAAAGCAGUUUUGAAGGAUUCAUGGAUCGAUAUGGAUCCCAAUUCUCCUCAAUCGGUCGUUCAACAGAUGUUCAUCUUCAGACUCAUAGAUCUUUGUAUCCUCAGGAGGUGCGAAGACAUGGUACCAUCAAUAGAAGAUCUACUAGCUUGUGAAGAACUGGCAGCACUGAAGGAGAACAGCACAUUCCUUUACCUGCUGCAAGUGGGGUACGAACACUUCACUAAACAUACAGUCAUGGCUAUGUGAAUAUUGGACACAAGAUCGUCGUUACGUUGCAACCAGACAGAAUAAACUCCGGUCUGAAGAUGAGUGGAUGGGUUAACCAGUUGAAUUAUUUAGUAUAUGGUGUUCAUUGCAACAUAUGACUGUGUUGAACCUACAAGAAAAUAAUAACUGUUUAAAAUAUUUCUUUUUCAUGUAAAAGGUCUAAAAAACAGAGAAAUGGAAAUUCUAACAGAGUGAACAAGUUCAGUAAUAAAAAAAGACUUCAUUGUAUAGUACUUGUUAUAAAGGCACAUUUUUAUUUUGUAAUUAAAGUUAUUACUUCUUAAAUAUCACUUAGGAAUUUCAUUAAAAUCAUCACCAACCAUUUUCCAGGCUGAUUUUUAGCAUUUAAGAAAGCCGUUUGGGUAAUUAUAUAAAUAUUUUUUGUACCAAGUACCAUGCUUUAAGUUAAGUAAAUGCCAAGUAUUUUUUACUGUAAAUUUUAUAAUGUACAUGAUUUUAUUAAAUAUUUGUGUUUUAAUAAAAA